UUCGAAUUUUGGCAUAGUUCCAUAGUCAGUGAUUUGGGUCAUCAUGAAGGCUAUAAUUGCGGUGUUUCUCUUCGGCAUGGUUGCGAUAGUCGCAUCGCGAGGAGUGAACGUAGUUGAACAAAAUCCUGAAACUGUGACGGGUGCAGAUGAGUUUGCUGACAGAAUACGAGAUGGUGUUGCUUCCUUGAAGUCUAGGAUCGAGGAGGCGAAAAACUUUCUUUCAGAGCUAAGAGCAAAAGUAGUCAACAAUAAUACUCCUGCGGCAACUCCCGUUCAAGUGGUUGACAACAGCGUAAAUGGCGUAAGCGUAGUCGACAACAACCCCGCACCUGGCAACCUUGUAGACGUCGUCGAUUCAGGCUUCAGCCAACCUGGAGCUAAUUUGGAUAUUGUAGACCCUGGUUUUUACAUCUCCCCUCAACCAAAUGUCAGACCUCCUAGACCUGGCGCAAGUAAACCAGGCUUUGAAAAUGUCGACUCUGGAUUCUAUCAGCCAGGAAAUACCCAGGCUGGCGCAAGUAAACCAGGCUUUGAAAAUGUCGACUCUGGAUUCUAUCAGCCAGGAAAUAGCCAGGCUCCCGAUCCCGGUCUUCACUAUCGUAAGUAGAAGAACCCAUGGUUGCGUGGAGGCCAAUAAACAAGAUUUUUCUAAUCCGAAUUAAAUAAAAAACAUUAUUUUGUAAAUUAUAUAUCCUAUUUGAUUUCUCCUUCGUAGUUUUUCUAAUGUAGAUAAUAAAAGAUUCAUGGUA